AUGAAGGGCAUAGACAGUGAAAUUUUUGAUUUAAAUGCCAAAUAUAACCAAUUAUACAUAAAUUUUCCAAACUCUCGAGAGUCCUUAUAUCUUUAUUCAUCAUAUACUAAAUAUUAAAAUGGUAACACUUGCCAACUUUCCCUAUUGGCAUAUAGAUUUUUGCCAUGGAUAGCGCCAUUAGCCUAUGAAUUAGUCGCUAACUCAUAUUUUGGUUCGGCCAAGUUUAUUUUGAUUGGGCCUGCUUGGGCCAAAAAUAACCUUGGCCGAACCAAAAUAUGAAGUCAGUGACCAAUUCAUAGGCUAAUGGCGCUAUCCAUUGGAAAAAUCUAUAGCAGUCAAUGCCUUAAGGCCCACGGCGACAAGUCGAGAAGCAAAUGCUCAUCGGAUAUGUUUCGGGUGUUCUCCUGUGAAAUCUCUUCUGACCCUUGGGCAUCCUCUACCGAGAAAUCAGGGCUUCCGGCCCGACCAUAGAGGAGCAGUCUUUUUUCUGCAGAUACCAAAAAGGCAAUCUGGUAUCCGAAAGACUCAAAAGAGCUAAUCCUUGGGAUAAGCCCCCUACUAAGACUGAACCUCAAGGCAAUGAGGAAAUAACUGCCCAGUUACUUCUAGAUCUAAUGGUAGUUUGUCGCAAAGUGAAUGAACCUCCAUACAGGAGGUCUUUUUCGACUGCGUCAACAAUAUGGCUCGUGCCCUCUUUAAUAAUCCUAUUCAUAUUCAUCAUAUACUAGCAACAUCACUUAUGAAAUUGAAAAAUCGAAUUUAAUUGAAGUAAAGUUAAGGGCCCUUGAAAGAAAUCUGUCAAAUCCUCUCAAUGAUUUAAAUAAUUUCAGCUGAUUUAACGAGAGCAAUGGCAUCUUGAUAAUUUCAAACGAAACUGACAAUUUUGGAGAAAUCCUUUAUGCCAGCCAAAAAUCUGCAGAAAUAUUUUCUCUCCCUUUAAAAAAAAUUAUCAGUGACAAUUUUUUUAAUUUUAUUGAUCUUUAUUAUAAAGAAAAAGUCAAAGAAGAAGCCAAGCGAUUUGUUCAGUUUAGCUCAGUUUCAGAAAUGGACUUAAUCAAAGGCUUUUUUUAA